GUGCAAAGGCUACUAAUUUGGAUUGUGUCAUUGAACAUGUCAAUUAUCGAGUGCUUUCUUAUGUCUCAGCUUUUAACCUGAAUGAAUUGGUAUUCAAUAUUCUUACACGGACAGCUGGUAAAACUAUGCAUCUGUAGGCAAUUAUAAUUAUGUGCGGUAUAAUAGCAAUAAUAAGUAAGUCUGAAAAUGUGCCACAACAUAUUCUAGAUGAUAUUCUACCUCUCAUUAAGCGUCGAGGUCCGGAUGCUACUGGGACCAAAUCAACAAUUAUCGGCAAUGGCUUUUAUUUACACAUGAUUUCUACUGUUCUGCAUUUACAAGGAAAUGUUGCGACUCAACAGCCUUAUGUUACUGCAAAUGGAGACUUUUUGCAAUGGAAUGGUGACGUCUUUGGUGGAUUAGAAGUAAAGGAUGGUUUUUGUGACACAGUCAUUCUUGCUAAUUGCCUGAGUGAAUGCGCAAAUGAUGCUGAAAUAUGCAAAGUUUUUAGUUUAUUACACGGACCUUAUGCCUUCGUAUUUUUUCAAAAUUCAACAAAAAGAUUGUAUUUUGGGAGAGAUUAUUUUGGUCGCCAUAGUCUUUUAUAUCAGGAAGGUGACGAUGACUUUAUAUUAGCAUCAGUUGCGAAACAUUCAACAAACAUCAAUUCAAAUGUGUCAUGGAAAGAAAUUCAGGCUGAUGGAAUCUAUGUCAUCGACACACAAUUGCAAAAAUGUUAUAGGGAGAUAAAAUGUCAUUUUUGGAAAUCAAUUACAAACCCACACUGCCUCAAAGUAGAUGUUAUGAAGCAAUAUGACACUGGUUACACAAAUAAAAUAAUGGACUCAAAUGGAUCUGCAAAGAAUGACCAUAUUGCAAUAGACCUGAACAUAGAAACAUUCAAUUCUUCUUUCGAGAAAGUUGUCAAAAGCCAAAUAGUAGAUAAAAUGUCAGACUUAGAUGCUUUGGUUGCUAUUUGUGAAUCCCAAAAUGUUUGGCCAUUAGUGGAUCUUUUUACAAAUGUACUCAAAAAGUCGGUACAAAGACGUGUAUCAAAUCUGCCAAAAUAUUCGAACUCACAUUCAUCAAUAAGUAUUCUUUUUUCUGGUGGAAUAGAUUGUAGCGUUUUAGCUUUGCUGGCUAAUGAAUAUGUUCCCAUUUCGGAACCGAUAAAUUUACUUAAUGUUGCUUUUGAAACACUAAAAAAUAAAAAUUUUGAUGUCCCAGACAGGUCUACUGGUAGGAUGUCCUAUGAGGAAUUAUCAAAAUUAUGCCCGAAUAGAGUUUGGAAUUUUGUUGAAAUAAACAUAGAAUUAGACGAAUUAAGAGAAACUAGAAUAAAAAGAAUUGCUGAUUUAACAUAUCCGUUAACAACUGUUCUUGAUGAUAGUAUUGGUUGUGCUUUAUGGUUUGCGGCAUAUGGUGGGACAAUACACCCUGAGUGCAAACCAAAAGUAGUUCUAUGUGGUAUGGGAGCUGAUGAACAGCUUGGAGGAUAUUCCCGUCAUCGAUCAGCAUUCGAAAAUCGUGGGUGGGAAGGACUUGGCAAUGAAAUUAUGAUGGAACUGGAAAGAAUAUCAUCACGAAACCUUGGUCGUGAUAACAGAAUUAUUGCAGAUCAUGGAACUGAAGCAAGGUUUCCAUAUUUAGAUGAAAAUGUUAUAUCGUUUUUAAAUAAAAUCCCACUCUCUUCUAAAACCAAUUUGAAUUAUAAGAGAGGGUUAGGAGAAAAACUUCUUCUUAGGGCUACGGCUUAUAAUCUUGGCCUAAGGAAUGUUGCUGUUUUUCCAAAAAGGGCCAUUCAGUUUGGAUCUCGUAUUGCCAAAGCAGAGUGCAAUAAAGAAAAGGCUUCUGAUAUUUGUAGUAGAUUAUUGUGACAGAAAUUGCAUGCAAUGGCUGCACGAUAAGGCAAUGUUUCAUUUUGUAAUAUUCAAAGUUUCGCAAAUGCUUUAUCAUUACUUUUUCAAGCAGAUAUUGGAGACUUGAUUUCAGCAGAUUAUAUUUAACUUGAUUUUUUCUCAAUUUGUUUUCUUAAAAAAUAACUUAAACGUGUUUUUUCUGGUUCGACUUUUUACAAAUUCAUUUCAGUUUUUUGGUAAUACAAUUUUCAUAUUAAUUUAUUUUGUGCACAGAUUCAUAGAAGUAAUUUAGUAGAAAUAACCAUUCAAAACCUUGAAAUUAACAAUUUUAUGCUUCAAU